AUGCAUUCAGGAGUUGCAACAAAUCGUGACCACAUUAACGGAACGUUGAAUUUGAACGUGCGUCUGCAUCGCAGCGGCACCAAAUUCCCCGGCGCUUUUCCCCGGCUCAGCUGUCCACAGCCCAUUGGCUGUUACAGUCUCAACGAAUCGCGUCAAUUCCAGGACUAUGCCAGCAACGUUUCAUAUCUUAAUUUGCCGCAUCGCACAGAAUUCCCGCUGGAUCUCAAUGCGGGCAUUGAGCGUGUGCAACGCAAGGGAGCUGUCCCGCCCAUCUACAGACCAAAAAAAAAGGGUCCCAACUUAUCUUAUGAUUUUGUGACCUUUCGCGGCAUUCUGCGCCAAAUUAUGUGCACGCCAUACGAGCGACGGAAGGACUACAGACUGAUGGCAACACGUCUCAAUGGCACCAUCUACUUAGCCAAGGUGGAAACAGAGGCGGAUCGCCUAGAACGCGAAUCGAUGACGAAGCAACAGUUAGACAUGUGUUCGUGGGGCUUCAAGUUUGAACAAUAUUGUACCACAGAGGAUCCAAAGAAGCUGCCGGACACCACAAGCCCAGUGAAUGAGUCCAAAGAGUUUGACUGCGUCUUCCACUUAACACUCAACGGAUUGCAGGUGCUUUUUUGCAGCCGAAAUGGAUGGCAUUAA